AUGACCGUCUUCGUCAAAAUCGACUUCGAUGCCGACGACAACACCCAGAACCCACUCCCACCCGAUCCCGGUAGCAGUACCCAACAUCCGUCCACCAAAAUGCCGAAAAAGAAAUCCAAAGCAGCCCAGACUCAGCCCAUAAUCUCAGACUACGAGACAGAUACCUACAACACCGAUCAGAACGUUGCUCCGCCAGUGCAGCAGCUUUCCAACGCUCAGCUGAACCACUUGGUGCUUCAGCGAUGGUCGCCUGAGCUCCAGACAAUUCUCGCCAUCUCCCCCUUCGCUGUCCUCUACAAUUUCAACCCCGAAACGGCUGCAUGGGAGAAGUCAGAUCUUCAAGGCUCGCUCUUCGUCUGCCAGCUGCAAGAUCCACUACGACCGCGAUACGAAGUGAUGAUCUUGAACCGCAAGAACCCAGAGAACUUGCACUUGGAGAUCACGAGCUCGGAGAACAUUGAGGUCACGGAUGAGUUUGUGAUCGUGCACAUUGAAGGAGGAGAGGGACAGACGGUGGGGCUUUGGAUGUUUUCGGACGAGGAGACACCGGCAGAGAAUAGAUUAGAGGCGAUUGCGAAGAAGAUUAUGGAGUGUGCGGUGCAGGCGGAGACAUACAAUCACCUCGCGAGCGACGGGGAAGGAUAUCAGGGCCAGGAGGAGUAUGGUACGGACGGGGUGAUGGAGAGUCAGUACUAUACGGAGCAACAGCAGCAGCCUCCAGCAGGGGCUACUCACGGGCAGUCUAUUGAUUUGGCGACGCUCUUUGCGAACCGGGUGCAGCAGCCGGCUGAGCAGGCACAGCCUAACGUUCUGCUGGAUUUGUUCAAGAACGCGAAGAAAGGGUGA